CCCUGGGCCAGAUAUCAUCCUAGCAGAGUCUAGCGCCAGAGCUCUUAUCGCAGCGUGACCGAAGAGGGCCACACGUCCGACAAUCUUGAAGCUUGGAACAGGAUAAGUAUUCGGCCAUGCCGUGUGACCUCAGAAUGCUGCUCUUUACUGUACCAUCAGCUGAAGACGGGCACGCUCGGAAUUCAGAACUGGCUCAAAGAUGGCCGAACCAGAACCCACGCUUGAGAGGCACGUCUCAACGGUCGAGGAGCGCGACGAGGAGGAGUUGGGCCAUUUUGGCUACAAACAGGAACUGCGUCGCGACUGGGGAUUGGCGCACAAUUUUGGAAUCUCGUUCUCCAUCAUCUCAGUCAUCACCGGUAUCACAACCCUCUUCGGAUAUGGAUUGAAUACAGGUGGUCCUGGAGUUAUGUCAGUGGGCUGGAUAGUUGUCUCGGUCUUCACAAUGUUCAUUGCUUUGAGCAUGGCUGAGAUUGUGUCUGCUAUCCCCACCGCUGGAGGACCAUACUACUGGGCAGCAUUGCUGGCGCCUCCUAAGCACUCCGCCUUUGCUUCGUGGAUUACUGGAUGGUUCAACCUCCUCGGCCAAGUCGCUGUCACUACGGGUAUCUCAUUCGGUCUCGCAGGCUUGAUAUCGACUACCGCGACUGUGAAAUCGUCCUACACGCCUACUCCGGGAAAGACAAUCGGAAUCUACGCCGCAGUUCUGAUCUCCCAUGGAAUCGUCAACACAUUCGGUGUCCACGUUCUGAGAUAUCUGAACAACACAUCCAUCUUCCUACAUUCGGCAGGCGUCACUGCGCUUGCUAUUGCAGUCUUGGCAAAGGCUCCAACUCAUCAGAGCGCGAAGUUUGUGUUCGCGACGUUCUAUGAUGGGACUGGAGAUCCAGGAUGGAGUGUGCGCGCUUCUCCGGCAUAUGUUGCUUGUUGCGGUGCUCUCAUGAGUCAAUAUACCCUCACUGGAUUCGAUGCCUCCGCACAUCUGUCCGAGGAAACUCGAAAGGCCUCAUGGUCAGCCCCAAUUGGUGUCAUCUCAUCCGUUGGGUUCUCCUCCCUGUUCGGCUUUUUCGUCAUUUUGAGUUUCUUGUUCUCAAUCCAAGACUUCACGUUCACGGCGUCUGGUGGAAACUUCGGGCAACCUGUGCUCCAGAUUUUCGCUGAUGCAUGUGGAGAUGACGGAGCCGUAGUCCUGAUGUCCCUAGUGAUGAUCUGUGUAUGGCACUGCGGACUCUUUUCUAUGACCUCGAACUCCCGAAUGAUGUUUGCCUUCUCGCGUGAUGGUGGAAUCCCAAACUUCUUCCACAAAGUCGACGACAAGUUCCGCUCCCCCAUCCGCACCGUCUGGCUCGCCGCCUUCCUCGCCUUCUGUCUUGCGCUGCCCUCCCUCGGAAGCUCUGUCGCCUUUGGAGCCGCAACCAGCAUCGCAACAAUUGGGCUCUACAUCUCGUACGGAAUCCCUAUCCUCAUCGGGCUCAUCUAUGCCCGCGAGUUCAACCCUCGAAAGGGGCCUUUCAACUUGGGCAUGCUUUCCCGACCCAUAGCCUUUAUUUCUGUGGCAUGGAUUUGCUUCAUCAGUAUCAUUUUCUGCUUGCCGACUCUGAAUCCGGUCAGCAGCCAGACGCUGAAUUACACUGUUGUUGCUGUGGGGAUUAUUGCUAUUUUCUCCCUGACGAGCUGGGUGCUGUGGGCUCAUCGAUGGUUCGUUGGUCCCGUAACAGAGCUCGAGGAGGCGGCUGCUUUGGGCGUUGAUAUCACUGUGCCGGGUGAGUUGGAGAAAGCGGAGGCUGCAAUGAAUACAACACCUCCGGAGAAGAAUGUGUCGGACUGAGGGGGCAAGCCAGUUGAAAGAAGUGAAUCUGAAUCACUGUCAUUUCAACUGGGAAGCUCCUUCGACUCGCAUAAUGGCUUUUGAAAUUGUAGUAAGCGAUACCGUUCAGUCGAACCUGACUUCGCUCGACAC